AUGGUUCGUUUGAUGCCGAGGUUUGCCAGCAGGUUCUACGAGUAUCUGAUCAGAACAGCGGACAGUCGCGUGCCGCCAAAACUACGACCACUGUGGGAACAUCCAGCCGGUCCAAAAACUAUAUUCUUCUGGUCGCCGUUUGCUAAAUGGACUUUAGUGAUCGCAGGACUGGGAGAUAUGGCGAGACCGGCUGAGAAACUGAGCUUGCGACAGAGUGUAGCUCUGGCUGGCACAGGAUUCAUCUGGUCUCGCUACUCCCUUAUCAUAAUCCCCAAGAACUACAGUCUGUUUGCCGUGAACUUCACAGUUGGCCUCACAGGCACGUCUCAGUUGGCAAGGAUUGCACACCACGAGUACAAUGUAAAGCCCAAAGCUGAAGGUGACGAUACAACAGAGGCAACAAAAGCACAACAACCUGGAACCGCUUGA